UCGGGGGCGGGACUUCCGGAACCAGCCUCCAUCUCUACGGGCUGACCUGCAAAGCAAGGCCCGCCCCUUCAGCUUUGGGGUUGGCUCAGGGAGGCUUUCCGGUGACCCAGUUCCGUUCCUUGCUGCUGUGGUCUCUGGGCCGCCGGGGUCGGUGAAGGAUCUCAAGAUGGCUGCGCGAAAACUUGCUCUAAAAUCCAUUGACUGGGUAGCUUUUGGGGAGAUCAUACCCCGAAACCAGAAGACCAUUGCUAACUCCCUGAAAUCCUGGAAUGAGACCCUUACCUCCAGGUUGGCUACUCUCCCUGAGAAACCACCUGCUAUCGACUGGGCUUACUACAAGGCCAAUGUGGCGAAGGCUGGUUUGGUAGAUGACUUUGAGAAGAAGUUUAAUGCCCUGAAGGUUCCUGUGCCAGAGGAUAAAUAUACUGUUCAGGUGGAUGCUGAAGAAAAAGAAGACGUGAAAAGUUGUGCCGAGUUUUUGUCUCUCUCAAAGGCCAGGAUUGAGGAAUAUGAAAAAGAGCUGGAGAAGAUGCGGAACAUAAUUCCAUUUGAUCAGAUGACCAUUGAGGACCUGAAUGAAGUCUUUCCAGAAACCAAAUUAGACAAGAAGAAGUAUCCCUAUUGGCCUCACAAGCCAAUUGAGAAUUUAUAAACUUGAGUUGGGGAGAAAGCUCUGGCCCUCGUAUUGUAAAUGCUGGACAUUAAAAAUAAUGAUACGGUGCUGUGUGUCUGCCCUUACAACUCUGAGAUGCCAUCAGUAGAGGUGGACUUUUUGUUAAAAUGGAAAGG